ACCAUCUUUGCCGAUCAUUACUCUCAUCACCUUCACCAAUCAUCAAACAGCCACCAUAAAAGAUCAAAAACGAAAGAACAAAAAUUCAUAAAAAUCACUUCCCAAAUCUGUAAAAAAAAAAAAAAAAUUCAAACUCAUCCAUCUCUUUCUUCGACGUUGAUGUUGAUGUCGAAAUCGAACACGUGAAUCCUCUGAAUCUUGGAAUCCAAGGAUUAGGGCAACUGGGUUCCACGAACCCAGUUUUGGGUUCCUUGUGGAACUCAGAUCUAGGUAUUUAAGCAAUGGAAAGUGGGUUUGGAGAAUCAACAAGCAUGCCAUCCCCUAGAUGCUCAGGCAGUAGUUCCAUUGAUGCGGGCGAUUUUGAAUGCAAUAUCUGCUUUGAUUUGGCUCAAGACCCGAUUGUCACCCUUUGUGGUCAUCUUUACUGCUGGCCUUGUCUUUACAGAUGGUUGCACCAUCACUCGCAUUCCCAAGAAUGCCCGGUUUGCAAGGCCCUCAUACAAGAGGAUAAACUUGUUCCUCUUUAUGGCAGAGGCAAUGCACAGACUGACCCGCGGUCUAAGUCGUAUCCAGGGAUGGAAAUCCCUCACCGCCCUGCUGGGCAAAGACCGGAAACAGCUCCUCCUCCUCCAACAAAUCAGUUUGCUGAUUAUGGGUUUGGAUUAAGGGGGGGUUUCAUGCCAAUGGCAACUGCAAGGAUUGGUAACUUUACCAUGGGUUUUGGUGGCCUGAUCCCGUCCUUGUUUAAUAUUCAUUUUCAUGGCUUUCCAGAUGCUACUGUGUAUGGAACGACUUCAGGGUUUCCUUACGGGUUUAAUGCAUCUAACAGUGGUCAUGUUCGCGGGUUCCCCCAGCCAACAAGUCGAGGACAUCAGGCAGAUAAUGUUUUGAAGAAUCUGUUUUUCUUUAUAGCAUGCUUGGUGAUCUUUGCUCUGAUUUGUUGGUAAACCGAUUAACAACUUGAAUAAUAACUGUUGCUGGUUUCUUUGAGUUGUUUGUGAGUGUUCUUGUAAAUAUACAAAUUUUAUCAGGUUUUUCGUUUAAUAAAAUUUAACCUUAGGACAUCAUUUUGUAUUAUCAGCAUCUUUAUUAAAUUGCAUUGUGGGUCUAUUGAUCAAAUGUUUGCCCGGAUGUUCCUUUAACUGCCUGAAUGUCAAGGACAUUGGGAAUUGGAUUUUGUAUUAGAGCUUUUUCAGGCGAUACCCUGCGCUUGCUAAACUUUGCUUGAAGUUCUGUUUGGCCAAAGAAUGACAUGGAUUUUUAAUUAGUUUUUUUUUCACCCCUUCUUGUAAAGGCUCUGUGACCAGGUAUCUUUGAUUUGAUUCUUUGGAAACAUUUGGUACAAGUAAUUUACUCUUGGUCAAAUCAAAGAUACCUGGGCCCUGCUCCCUUCUUCUUAUGAAGAGCAAGGCCAGCUCCCUCUAACCAAAAGGUUGUUGGAGUUGCCUGUUCUAGUAUAACUUGUUACAGGGAAAAUGCUGUCUGCAAUAGAGUGAAAAUGAAGAUCUUAUGUGAAUGCCUCUCUUGCCCUUGGCAUUGUGCCCCUAGAUAUCCAAGAGAGAGAUCUUAUUGGCCAUGAAUGAUGAUAAACCUAUUAAAGUGUUCACCUGCUGAUUUAUGGGGUUAUUUUCUCCUUUGAUGGAAGAUUUUGUUAACCAUGAGGUGUUUCUGCUUGUACCAUAUUUACACAAAUUGUAACACGAAGAAACUAACUUUUGGGCUGUGCGUUAGUGCUCAGUUUUGCUUUCAUACAAAUAUUGGUUGUGCUCUUGAUGUACUUUCCCAUUUUAGCCUGAUUGGGCAUUCUGCUCUGCUUAUUUCCUUAUUUCCCUUGCAUACGGUGCCCUGGCAACAACUUAAGCCUUCAAACUUUUAAGCAGACUUCAAAAUUAUUGAAAACAUAUUGUUCUCUUGUAGAUUAUGGUAAAAAUAAGAUUUUACAAUAAAA